UUUUCUUCACCACUACUACCUCCUUCCAAGUACAUUCUCAAUUGGUUUGCUAUUUACUUUUUGUGUGUAAUUUUACUAGGAAAGAGAGAUGGGUCUAAAGGGCAAAGUAGUGAGGCAACUGGAGAUUAAGUCUGAUGGGGAUGUGUUUCAUGAGGUGUUCAGUGCCAGACCACAUCACAUAUACAACAUGUCCCCUAAUCAUAUACAGAGUGUUGAGUUGCUUGAAGGCCAAUGGGGCACUCCUGGUUGUGUCAUCUUCUGGAAAUACACUCAUGAGGGAAAGCCGAAUACUUGCAAGCAAAUUAUCACAGAAUUAGAUGUGGCAAAAAGGUCAACCACAUACAAGGUUAUUGAAGGUGAUCUCUUGCAGGAGUACAAGACCUUUACCUUCAUUCUUAAGGUUGAACCAAAAGGCCAAAACAACUUGGUGACUUGGACCCUUGAAUAUGAGAAGCUUAAUGAACAAAUUGAUGCUCCAAAUAGUAUGAUGGACACUGUUAUGACUGUGUGCAAAGAUAUUGAGACCUACCAUCUCAAGUAAUAUAUAUAUAUAUAUAUAUAUGUAUUUAUGGUUAUAUAUAUGGUGUGAUGGUAAGGAGUGUUUGUGUGCCUACUGAGAAUAAAGACAAUAUGCAUCCGAUGAGAUGAGAGCUAUUGUGUAAGAUAACAACAGGGUUUGAUUCGUAUUGUCAGUAAAACUUCUACAUGUGAAAAAUAUAUAUAAUAUUUGGUUGUUUGUUGUAUGCAUAAUGCAUCUAUA